CGCUGCGACCCGGGCUCGCUCGCUCGCUCGCGCUGCGCAGGCCCGGUGGCCGCGGGUGCGCUUCGCGGUCGUCGUGCCCACGGGGCUGCCGAGGGAUGCGCGGCUGCGAGCCGGGCGGUGGGAGCUGGCCAUGGCUGUGCGCGGGCGGGCAAGGCCCGGGCCGGCGCAAACAUGAAUGUCGGAGUUGCCCACAGUGAGGUGAACCCCAAUACUCGUGUAAUGAACAGCCGUGGUAUGUGGCUGACAUACGCUUUGGGAGUUGGCUUGCUUCAUGUUGUAUUACUCAGCAUCCCCUUCUUCAGUGUUCCUGUUGCUUGGACCUUAACGAACAUAAUACAUAAUCUGGGGAUGUAUGUGUUUUUGCAUGCAGUGAAAGGAACGCCUUUUGAAACUCCUGAUCAGGGUAGAGCAAGGCUCCUAACCCACUGGGAACAGCUCGACUAUGGAGUACAGUUUACAUCUUCUCGGAAAUUUUUCACAAUUUCUCCAAUAAUUCUAUACUUUCUGGCAAGUUUCUAUACGAAGUAUGAUCCAACUCACUUCAUCCUAAACACAGCUUCUCUCCUGAGUGUACUUAUUCCCAAAAUGCCACAGCUGCAUGGUGUUCGGAUCUUUGGAAUUAAUAAGUAUUGAAAUGUUUCUGCAACUGAACAAAACUCUUACAGCUACUGUGUUCCCAGUAAGGAAAGAGUAGUGAACUGCACUGUUUCUGUGAUAAUGUGAAAUAAGAGGUAUUUACAUUGGAGGGCCAAAUGCUGGUCCUUCAUAGCCUGUCUUGAGGAGCAGAAUUCCACUAAGGGAUGCCUCUGUCUAAUGUGCUUGGUGUAUUUCCGAGAGAGGCUUUGCAGGCAGGCUGGGCAGGCCCAGCUUAGAAGUUGAUGGCAGUACAAUGAGGGUACAAUAACUAAAUCCAAGGAAACGAGGGGUUUAUAAGAAACUAGGACCAGCUUGUAGUGAAUGGGCAUUCAUUAUGUUAGGAAAGGAAAACUCAAUGAUCUAUUCAUAGUUUAAACAGACUUCUAUAAAGCAGAAUCAUCUGUAUACAAGUUUUUAUUACUGUAUAUGACUUUAUAUGACAUACAUCCUCUUAUUUUAUACAAGCCCCUUUCUACUUUAUAUGUAUGCUCUUUUGGUUUUUCUAGCUAAGUAUUGUGUGUUGAUAAAUGAGGUCGUGUUUGUGUUUAUUACAUUACAGAGUUUAUGAAGGUUCACCUUCAUGACUCACUCUGAUAGAAGACAGGCAAGGCUCUGAGUCAACAUUCUCAUUUUGGAACAAAGUGGGUUUUACUGCUUUUCCAGAAGCAAAGCUGCUACACCAAUUAAGAGAAUAACUUAUUUUAAGUAGUUCAGGUUUUGGGUAGCUUAAAGAUAAUUGUUUAUUUGGUUGUGCAAAUUAGUAAAAGUCUGUCAUUUUUCAGAAAAGGAAAUGCAAAAUGGAGUGACCUGCUUUGGGCAGAACUAUUUCUCCAACAGCAGAACUGAAGCAAUGGAUUCUCUGUUAGCAAGUCAGAAUAAAAGAUAACAUUGUCUGGUCUUAGUUUCCUGCUCUUGAUCCCCACAGUUUGCCUAUUAAUAUGUCCUUUAAAUGUGUGAGUCUUAAUGUAAACAACCCCAAAUGGUACCUAUAUCCACAGCAACAACUAUAUUGAAUUCUUGUGAUGUGGGGAAGCUUCCUAUAGUUGCUAGCAUUAAUUGUAUGAAAUUACUACUAUGAGAAAUAUAUUUCUAAAAUGUUAUAAGAUAAAGCUGAAAAACUCAGUAACAUAAGAUUGAAAACAGUUGUAGACCAACUUACAAGUCAGUUUGUGGCAAUAAACAGACUUAGGGGUAGAGAUCAUUGUUUCCUAUUUCAAAAGUACUGAGUUUAAAAAUCAGUUGUAUGAUGCUGCCUUUGUAUGUUUGUCUUUUCUCGUGUAUUUUUCAAUUACUGGUAAUUGAUGCUUUAAUAAAAAGUUUUCCUUGGUGUAA